UAUGAAAGUACAAGUAAUAAGUAUUUAUAGUACGAUCUCUGCAGAAGUCUGUAGCUGUAUAAAUUGCAAGUAAUUCCUUGUCAGUUUUAUUCACCAUGGCUGAAAAUGCAGCCCAUAUUACCUCAGCAACUUUUACUUCUGUUCCUUCAAUAUUUGAGGUGCUUGCUCAAGAAAGUUUAAUGGGAAGUGUAAGACCAGCACUAAAACACGCUGUCAAGGUGCUUGCAGAGAGUAGACCUGAGAAAUUUGGUUGCUUAUUAAGGUGGUAUGAUGAAAUUUACACUGGAUUAGACUUCAUACUCCAAAACUACUACCUUCACAAAUACAAUGCAUCUUUUGCUGAGAAUUUUUAUGAUCUAAAGCGUUUUGUAAAUGGAGCAUCUCCAUCUAAGAAUUUACCCAGAAGAGCCCUUUGGAAAUCCUUACUCUGUUUGGUUAUUCUGCCUUAUUUGAAGCAAAAGUUAGAUCACUGGUUUGAAGAGGCAAGACAUAGCUAUAACAUUGGCCAGCAGCCAAAGGGUCAGGUGUACAAACAAUUAUACAAGGUGUUCCUGGCUGUGUACCCGUAUGUCCACAUGAGCUGGGAGGGGAGUCUGCUGGCCUAUCAGGUCGCCUACAUGCUGGGGAAGAUCUCCUGGCACUCCCCACUCCUUCACCUCUCUGGAACCAAACUCUGCCAUGCUGAGGGAGAGGAGGAGGAUGUUUCACACAGUCUUCCGUUUUCUCAACUUUGGUCUUCAGCUAGCUUGCCAGGGAAGCUGAACCUGGUCACCAGGAAAGCGCUGAGUCUGACAGCUGUAACCCUGUCCACCAGUCUGUCAGUGGGCGUGUUUUUCCUACAGUUCUUAGACUGGUGGUAUGCCAGUGAGAACAAUGCUCCAUCUCUGAUGGCGUUGCCUGUACCUGAUCCACCAGAGACUGACAAAGACUUGGUAAAAACUCCACACAAUGUUUGUCCUCUUUGUUUGAAACUUCGGACAAAUGACACCGCUCUGUCUACGUCAGGGUUUGUAUUCUGUUACCCCUGUAUCUACGACUACAUCCGGCAGCACCAGUGUUGUCCAGUCACCAGCUAUCCGUCCCAGCAACAGCAUCUGAUCAAACUCUAUCCGCCGGAUUCAUGAUCCACAUUUUAGUGUUAAAACUUGGUAGAAAUCCGUGUCCACUGAGCUCUGUGAUUCGUACAAUCUGUGAUUAAAAUCAUUCAUCUUUGAUCCAAAAUCUUGACUCUCAAUCCAUACACCAGUACAUUGAACAUAUGUUAUAAUUUUUUUUCCAUCAAAGUUUGAUUCUUGUGACAUGAUUGAUACCAAAUAUCCCUAACAUAUGACAUUUUAUUUCAUAUUCAUGGAGGUGUGAUAAACUGUAGUUGUGGAAAAAAAACAAUGUGUUCAGUCUUCCGUGUAUUAUAUGUAAUAAUAACUAACCCCACUUGUGAACAAAUUUCAUUUUGAUAACAUGCAAACUAUUCAUAGAAUUUUAUAAUUAAAGUUUUUCAAAAUGAAUGUGUCAAAAAAAUUUGAUUCGAAAAAAUUCUGGAAAUAUUACCUGUCAAUUGAUGUUGAUGUUUAGUGUAUUACUGGUCUGCAUAAAUGUUGGUUGUUUCAGUAUGUGUCUUGAUGUUGGAGUGUUUUGUGAGCAGGCAAAGUGAGUAUAAAUGGUGAAAUGCAUGAAUAAAUUAGUUCAAAUAGUUCCU